UUGGCCAAUGAAUGUCUGCAUCUUAGGUAUAAGUGUCUCCUGGUUCAAGAUUGGGAUGGCUUAAAUGAGACAUUAAUGGGAGGUGGUAAUGGCUGCCACAUGGAGUGGAAACAAUGCAUUGGGUUCUCUUAGCUGGGGGCGUGACAACGAGGCUUCAGGGCAUGCGAGGAAUGGAUGGAAAUUGGAAAUUGGAAAGUGACAAAAUUGCAUGGUAUUGGCGGUGGGAAAUGGAGGAUCAGUGGAUGUUAGUCCCAUAACUAUUUAUAGAAAAGCAGAGGAAUGCAGCAGAAGAGCCAAACACAUUUGCAUGCAUUAGAUAGAGAGAGAAUGCCUAAAAAAAAAAAUCCAACCACUAUCUGAGUCUCCGACCAAGUCAGAAACUCCAAUCGUUCCAUAUUGGCCAUUGGAGAUCACAGACCUGAUCGUUCCAAGCCUAGCUACUCUGACAAUCUGACUUUCCCUUAUUCAAUUCUCACUCUUUUUUUUUCUCUCCCCAAAAUUAAUUUGGCAUAUUCAUGUUGGUCUUUUCAAAUUUUACAAGCACUGCACCUUCUUAGUGAAUGCUCUAUGUUGGAGAGCGUAGCAAAGCACGAUAGUUCCACGGAGAAGAACUGCAGCAAUUGGGACCUGCUUAAUCGACUAAUAAAUCAUAUUGAUUAAGCUCUUUAUGACACGAAGCUGCAUCUAUCAAAGAAACAGAGAAUUAAAACUUAUGCAAGAGAAACCCAUUUGCCCAUGAAACUGACAUUUUGUCAGAGAGAAAGAGCAAGUGAUUCCAUUUUCCAAUCCAGGCAUUUCUCUCUUUCAAUAUCUCUCUUUCCGCUGAGAAUGCAGAACUUCUGCAGCUAAAAUCAAACUUAGCUCUUUGUCACAGGCAUGGAAAUUGAAGUAAAGAUUUCUCAAACCAACGUAGAAGAAGACAGUAGCAGGGCAAGAGUGUUUCCUUGUUUAUUUUGUUCAAGAAAGUUUUACAGUUCUCAAGCCUUAGGAGGCCACCAGAAUGCUCACAAGAAGGAGAGAAGCGCAGCAAGGAAGGUAAAAAAGGUAUCUGAAUAUGCUCCACAACCACCACUGCCACUGCCUGUGGUUUUUGCUCCAACUCAUCAUCAUUUGGGCCUAUUACAUCCUUCAAUCUACAUAACUGCCCGUGCAGCCACCCUGCAGUGUUAUCCUACCCACCAGUUCACUGAUGGUUUUGGAUCCAAUGGCGCACCCAGGUUCGACGAUGGACUAUUUUAUGGUGGGCAUUAUUGUUCAAGCCAUAUCAGCAGGUAUCAUAAAUGUGAAGAAGGAGAGCAAAGUUUCUUGAAUUCGCAAAGAAGCAUGAGGUUUGAUAGCUUACAUGGAGGUGCUGAGUCCAGCCAAUACCCAGCAUUAAUCGUGAAUAACGCUCGUCGCUACGUGGGAAGUAACGGUAAUAAAGAUCAAAGUCUUGAUUUAUCUCUGCAUUUAUGAAGAAGAGUGGUGAUAAGAAAAUGUCCAUUUUUUACUUUGUUUUCAACUUGGAGUUUCUGUUACUUCUUGUUCUUCUUCUCCUCCUCGUUUUGCAUGUCCUCAUAAUGAAAUAAAAUAUUAAUAAUUUUUAGUUUUUGACAAACGGCCAAAAGAAAAUGUUAUUCUUGGUUGGCUAAUUAUCUCAUAUAUUGUAAAGGAUGUUCCCUUGUGAAUGAAAGCUUAAGUCCACUCUCUUUAUAUGUAUUGGCCAUGUAUAUGUCCAUCCGGAUGCGUAUAAGGAUUUUUCAAAUCCUAAGUCUUAGCUGUGUUAAAACUCUCGUUGUUUUAGGUGUGAGAAAACCCACUCUUCAAACUAGCCUGCAGCCUUGCACCCUGUCUCUCCAUAAUUUUCAUUUCCCCCU